GGAGCUCUCCUUUUUUUUUUUCCUUCCCUCUUUUUUUGCGCUCAGCAGCAUGGAAGCAGCCAAAGGAGAGGACGGGUCGGCUGAACAGGCGGCGUCUUUAUUUGGGACACGAGAGGUGGAGAGUCAGAGGAGCAAGAAUGACAGUAAAAGGAGUAAACACCGUAAAAUCCUUAUUGGGGUGCUGCUGUUGUGCUUACUGGUGGUUAUCCUGGCUGUGGUGCUGUCUCUGAGAAAGAAAGGAACAGAAGGCGGGGUGUGGCUGGAAGAGGCCUUGCAGGAAGUUCAACAGCCACAGUGUCCUCCUGGUUUUUCAAGGCCUCCUCUCAUCCUGGUAUCUUUGGACGGCUUCCGGGCAGAGUAUCUGAAAGCUCAUGGGCGUCACAUCCCUGUUAUCAACAAGUUACGAAAUAAUGGGACAACAACACCAUAUAUGAGGCCUGUUUACCCCACAAAGACCUUCCCCAACCACUACACCAUUGUGACCGGUCUUUAUCCCGAAUCUCACGGGAUUGUGGACAACAAGAUGUAUGAUGUGACCCGAAAUGCUUUCUUCAGCUUGAAAACAGACGAGAAAUAUAAUCCACAAUGGUACCAAGGAGAACCAGUCUGGCUCACUGCUGUGCGUCAGGAACUGAAGGCAGGAACUUUCUUCUGGCCAGGCUCUGAUGUAGCCAUUGAUGGUACCUACCCAAGUUUCUACAAGAGAUUUGAUCAGUCUAUUAAAUUUGAGAGCAGAGUAUCAACACUGCUUCAGUGGCUCAGUUUACCUCAAGGAGAAAGACCUGACUUUUACACUUUAUACCUGGAUGAACCUGAUUCAGCAGGACAUCAGUAUGGGCCAGAAAGUGAGGAGGUCAUUCAGGCCUUGGAAAAAGUGGACAGGAUUCUGGGCGUGCUGAUGGAUGGCCUAAAAGAAAAAAACCUGGACAAAUGUGCCAACAUAAUAAUCGUAUCUGACCACGGUAUGGAGACGGCUUCAUGUGAAAGGGCAUCAUUUGUGUCACAAUACCAGAAGGACGUGUCUGAUUUUACUGUAAUCCAAGGCCCAGCUGCUCGCAUCAGACCACAUCGUCUCCCAGAGAAUUACUUUUCCUUUGACUAUGAGGGCCUGGUGCAGAACCUUUCGUGCAGGACCAUUGACCAACCAAUGAGGCCAUACCUCAAAGAAAACCUUCCCAAAAGGAUGCACUUUGCUAACAACAAAUGCAUAGAGAGGGGUCAUCUGUAUAUGAAGUCAGGCUGGCAAGCAGCACUCACCCGCAGUGACAUUAAGUAUUGCAGCGGUGGAUUCCAUGGCUCUGAUAAUCUCUUUACCAACAUGCAGGCAAUCUUCAUUGGCUACGGUCCAGCAUUUAAACAUAGCACAGUUGUGCCAACUUUUGAAAACAUUGAGCUAUAUAAUCUCAUGUGUGAUCUUCUUGGCAUUCGUCCUGCUCCAAACAACGGGACCCACGGUAGUCUGAACCACCUCCUGAAGCAUCCCAUCCAUCAGCCAGUUCUCCCAGCACAGCUCUCCCAUGACAUCCCCUGUGAGUCUAGUGACCCCUUGCGCUCUGACAGCCUGCAGUGCAAUUGUGGAUCCCAAACCACAGACAUGGUGAAACAAAUGAACCAAAAACUCUUGGCAUCCCAUUCAGGUGUUAAAGCCAACUUGCGUCGCCUCCACGAACCUUUUGGCACCCCUCGAGUCAUCCAACCAGACGCCACCUUUUGUCUGCUGUACCACUCUGACUACCUCAGCGGAUACAGCAAAGACCGGCUCAUGCCCCUCUGGGUGUCCUAUACCAUUCAGCCUCUGACCAAAGUGCAACCCCUGAACCCAGAGCUGGAGGCGUGUGUUCGUGCUGACAUGCGCAUCCCAGCGGCCGCCAGCCAGCUGUGUUCGCGCUACACAGAAAACUCUGAUCUGUCCUAUGGCCUGCUGCAUCCACCCAAUCUGAGCGCCAAUGGUUCAGAGCCAGACUCUCUAAUCACGAGCAACAUGGCACCGAUGUUCCCUGCAUUUAAAGCUGUGUGGACCCAUUUCCAUGAUGUCCUCCUUCCAAAAUAUUCACAACAGCUGAACGGAGUUAACAUCAUGAGUGGGCCAAUAUUCGAUGAAGACUAUGAUGGACAUGUUGAUCAAUUCAAAAAAAUUUCAGGGAACAAGGCUCCCAUCCCGACACAUUUCUUUGUGAUCCUGACCAGCUGCAGGAACCUGACCUUCAGCCCUCUGAACUGUGAAGGUCCACUACAGGCCAAGUCCUUCAUCAUGCCCCACAGGCCUGACCACACAGAGAGCUGCGCUAACGGGACAGAUAUGACAUGGGUGGAGGACUGGCUGAAGUUCCAUACCGCUCGGGUUCGAGACAUCGAGCUCCUGGGUGGCCUCAGCUUCUACCAUGACAGGUUAUUGGUGGAAGAGACGCUACAGCUCAAGACAUUUUUGCAGACCUAUUAAAAUCACAGACCUUAUCCAGUGAAGCUUUAACUCCCGGAGGAAGCCAUAUUGGUGUGCAGGUGUCUGCCCACAUGGACAAACAGUUGGCCUAAAAAUUGUGGGUGCUUCACUUAUAGAUGCUUCACUUAUAGACUUCUCUGAUUUCAGACAGAAUCAAUCCUUAAGCGCCAUCCAUUAUUUGAAGUGUGUCUGAUUCCAGUGCAGAUUUUUAAAAGAAAGUUUGAUUGAUCUCAUUUG